UCUAGCGGAUAUUACCGUGAAACUGAGGUCAGAAGUUCUCUCUCACAGCCAUCUUGGAUAUAACGUCCCGAGUUGCAACUAUGCCUGGCGAAGCCACAGAAACGGUCCCAGUCACCGAGCAGGAGAUGCAGCAGCCUCAAGUAGAGACUGCUACACCUCCUGCCCCAGCUUCCUCCCAGCAACCUCAGGCAGCUUCAGGCCCUGCCAAACCCAAAGGCAAAGAUGCCAAGAGUGGGCAGGGUCCCUCUGCCCCAAAGGCUGUCCCUGGCAGAAGAAAACGCUCCUCUAUGUCUGCCUCUUCCGCCUCUCCCACCUCCCCAAAAUCUACCCCCUCCUCCACCCCCCUGUCACCAGUGCCAUCUCCCCUGGCUUCCUCACCUGGUGGCUCUCUUGCUAAUCAGGCUAACCGUGCUACCCCAAAAGUCGUCAAGGCUGGCAAACAAGGAAAACCUAAAAAAGGAGAGGCAUUCAUGCCUGUUCCUGUCCCAGUUGAGUGCAAGGUCACAGAAGCACAUGAAAAGUCAGUGGACUCUAACCUCAAGAAACCUGUAACUGCUGAAGCUAAACCAGCCCCAGUAGAGACAAAGGCUGCCCCACCAGCUGCUACAAAACCUGUUGCACCUCUAGCUGCUUUUAAAGUUACCUCAAUGCCCGCUGUGGCAGCACCAGUUUCAUUUUCAGAUACUAUUGCUCCUGGCCCUCCAAAAUCAGUUGACGUUAAGGCGGCUUUGCCAAAAGCUGCUCCUAUUAUUGCAGCUGCUGACGAUGAGCUCCCUCCACUUAUCCCACCGGUGAAGCCCGUUAAAAUGCCAGAAUUUGUACCCCCCAUUGAGAAAGAGGGUGCAAAGCUUGCUACAUCUCCUGCUAAAUCCACUCCUCAGAGUUGUACUAUUGCUCCUGUUGAGGCUGCUCAGCCAGCUGUUGAAGCCAAACCCACUCCUGCUGAGGCUGCUAAGCCAGCUCCUGUCAAGGUUCCUAAAAAAGUUGAAGAAACUAAAGCUGAACCUCCUAAGGUUGCAAAGCCAGAUGCAGAGGUUAAGUCUGCUCCUGUUGCAGCUGACAAGCCAGCUCCAGUACCUAAGCCAGCUGAGGCUCCUAAGCCAGCUGAGGCUCCCAAGCCAGCUGAGGCUCCCAAGCCAGCCCCUGUGAAGGGUGCCAAGCCAGUCACUGAGGUAAAAUUGGCUGAGGUUAAGGCAGCACCUGCUGAGGUUGCUAAACCUGCCAAACCAGCCGCUGAGCCUUCUUCUGCUCCUUUAAAACCGGCUCCAGUUGAGCCUGCCGCUACCCGUAAACUGACAUUUGCUGAAGCAGUGGCAAAACCUGUGUCUGUUAAACCUGAAGUUGAGGUAAUUGGUACAACUGCCUCUGAACCUGUCUCAUCACCUAAACCUGCCCUUACACCUGCUAAAGCCCCAGCCAAGGUGGAGCCUGUGAUCAAGAACGACAAUGGGUCUGGCACUGAUUCGGACAGCGAUGACUCAGUCCCUGAACUGGAGGAACAGGACUCCGCACAGACACAGACUCAGCAAGCUCAGCUUGCAGCAGCUGCCGAAAUAGACGAGGAACCUGUCAGCAAAGCCAAACAGAGCCGCAGUGAAAAGAAGGCACGAAAGGCGAUGUCAAAGCUUGGUCUCAGGCAGGUAACAGGGGUCACCAGGGUCACCAUUCGCAAGUCAAAGAAUAUCUUAUUUGUCAUCACCAAACCAGACGUCUACAAGAGCCCUGCAUCAGACACAUACAUCGUCUUCGGAGAAGCCAAGAUUGAAGAUCUUUCCCAGCAAGCCCAGCUGGCCGCUGCAGAAAAAUUCAAGGUACAGGGAGAAGCUGUAUCAAACAUCCAGGAAAACACACAGACGCCCACAGUACAAGAGGAAAGCGAAGAGGAAGAGGUUGAUGAGACCGGAGUUGAGGUUAAGGACAUUGAACUCGUCAUGUCACAAGCCAACGUGUCGCGGGCGAAGGCUGUACGCGCCCUGAAAAAUAACAACAACGACAUUGUCAACGCUAUUAUGGAGUUGACGAUGUAAUGGGACCCAGUCAACAAGGGGUUGAAGAAAGGUUGCUGAUUAAAUCUAAGCUCAUUUAUACAAUUUAUACCCAAGAUGGAAAUAAAGUUGUGGCUUGAUGAAAUGAAACUAUAA